AUGUCUUCGGCCUCUCCUCCAAAGGAACCAGAGGUGGAACCAGUUACUCAGUCAGGAGACGAGGCGGAGCCCAUGGAAAGAGAACACCACGAUAUACAGACGCAGGGCCAGGGCGAAUUCGAGGUCAAAGAGCAGGACCGAUGGCUGCCAAUUGCAAAUGGUUUGUUUAUCCCUUUCUCUCUCUCUCUCUCUCUCUCUUUGCCCUCUUGUUGUCAAUCCCGUCGUCUUCUUUUGUUGGAUGUCACCCGCCUACCUAUCCUACCACCUUUUCUUCCCUCAACUCCUCUCGCACACAAAAGAAACCCGGACUGGCGCAAAAAGGAUACACCAAAAGGACUGGUCACUGUCCCAUGCGCGCACAGAACACCAACAUUAGCCGGCGCCAAUAUACAAAUCCCCUCUUGUCAAGUCUAA